ACCUGGCCAACAGGCGGCGCAAACGCGACCUAAACUUUCCAGCUCCGCCUUGUAACAACUCCACUGCUGUCUUGAUUUAUGUAAAGAUAAGUCUUCUUCCGUCUGAACCAGUCAAAGAAAGAGGCUCAAUGCUUCCUCAUUUGAUGUAGUUGAACAAAAGGAGAUUCCGGUAGAGAGUCAUAUAGUUGGCGGGGGGGGGGGGGGAAAGUUUACUGCUUUGCUUUUAAGGAGAGAGAAGAUGUAUUUUCCGGGUCAACAAGCAGCAAGUGGAGCCACUCCUGGAACUGGUUACCAAGUGGAGGUUGUUCAAGGAGCCAUUGAGGAUCAGCAGGACGAUGCCAUCGUAUGUCCUAUGAUUGGCCAUGAUCCUCUCUCUUCUCGCAUUGGAAAGACUUUGAGCAAUAUAAUUGGAGAACAGCUGAAAGAAAAGUUUAACAAGGAAACAGAAAAGGCGACUCUGCCAGGUGAAACAGUUGUGGUUGACGGCCUACCUGGUCUUAAAUGUAAAGCAGUCAUCUUCCUCAACCUACUCUGCUGGGAUAAUAACGAACAUGGAUCUGCAGUCCAGGUGCUAAGGCACGGUGUCAAAAAAAUACUAGAUAGGUGUAAAAUAAGAGGCUACAAUUCAGUAGCUCUUCCAAUGCUUGGGACUGGGGCUCACCUACGUUUUCCACGUGACAUUUCUUCCAUAAUUCUUCUGGAGGAGACUGGUGUAUAUGGACAAAACUGGGCCAGCACAUCACCCUUCAAGGUUCGAAUAAUUGUUCACCCGAAAGGUGAAGCAUCAAGAGAGACAUUUUCAUCUGCCCAGGGUGCAUGGCAUCAAAGAGGAUUCACAAGCAACAUUUAUCCAGCUCAAGGAUCCUUUCACCAGUGUACGUCUGUAACGGAUGAUAAGGUCACAGCCAUGAUUGGUGGAGUCAAGCUGGAGCUCUACCAUGGUGAUAUCAUAAAUGCAGGAACUGAUGUCAUUGUCAACACAACUGACUUCACUAACCAUCAGACAGGUGUCUCCAAAGCAAUUCUGAAAGCGGCAGGGCCAAAUGUUUAUACCGAGUUCACAAAAGUGGGUAUUCCAGCAAGCCUCAUUUGCACAACAGCAGGAGGGAAGCUCGGGUGUAAAGAAAUUAUCCAUGCCAGGUUCAUGUGCAGCACUCAGAGAAUCUGCAGCACUUGCAAAGACAUCCUGCAGGAUUGUGAGAGGAAAGGAUUUGGCUCAGUGGCCUUCCCAGCCAUUAAUACAGGACAGGGUGAUAUGAACUCUGCUGAAGCGUGUAAGGCAAUGCUGGAUGGUGUGGAGUCGGCUAUCAGGGACAUGAGACCAUAUUCUUUAUCGCUGAUCCGCAUCAUCAUGCUGCGAAAAUCGGUCUUCAAGGCUUUUAGAUCGGAGCUGGAGAGUCGCUGUAAACAGGAUGUUCGAAGUCACCUACGUACAUCAGGAAGAACAACUCACUCAUCACCACAAGACCAAACCCUAACAUUAACGUCUGGGCCCGGAGACUUACAGGUGAUCACUGGUGGUCCCAGUGCCACAAAGGAAAAGGGGAAAUUGACCCUUAACAUGCAGUGUGCAAUGAAGGAUAGAAAUGCACAAUGGCAGAACCUCAGCUUGCAUGGUGAAGAAGAUCAGCUGAAGAAAGUAUCCAUGUUUCUGGAUGUGGAGACACGUGAUGGCUGUAUGUAUAAAUUAAAUUUAAAUGCCGAAAAAGCUGCUGAGUGUGAUACAGACAAUACACUCACUAUGAAAAACAAGGCAUCUGAAAUUGCUUUGGAGUUACCACCACACUGGGAACUAAUGAAUGGAGAUGUCUUUAAAAAGGUAGCAUUGCAGCCUGACUCGCCGGAGUAUCAGGAAGUAGCUGAGGGUCUCCAUAAAGCUACUAACUAUUACAUUCACAAAAUUGAGCGAGUGCAGAAUGUCUUCCUGUGGCACGCCUUCAGCAUCUGCCGGCGCCGUAUACUUUCCAAGAACGGCGGAGCAGACCUGGGCGAAAAGUUUCUCUACCAUGGCACAUCUGCAAAAUCAUGCGACACCAUCGAAAGAGACCGAUUCGACAGGAGUUACGCAGGACAACAUGCUGCUGUAUAUGGAAGAGGGGUAUACUUUGCUGUCAAUGCAAGUUAUUCAGCUGACAAGUACUCCCCCCCAGACGAAACAGGCCUAAAGCGACUGUAUGUGGCUCGUGUUAUUACUGGCCGCUACACAGUUGGUAGUUCCACCAUGAGAGCCCCCCCUCCUCGAGGUGCAGACCCUACCGACUGCUUCGACAGCUUGGUAAACAACAAGAAGCACCCCAGCAUCUUUGUGAUCUUCCGUGACGACCAGGCCUACCCAGAGUACCUCAUCACCUUCAGUUGAGUAAAAUCAAGGACACUUGGAUGGCAAGAAUCGUUUCUCAACUAUCUCAACUUUAAAUUGAUGACAUGUUAACCUAUGUGAUGUAUAGUAUACAUUACGUUACAUAAGUGUUUGAAAACACAACUGCCCUUUAUAGAAAAAUUGCUCCAGUUGAGACAAUUCUAAAAUUGAGAACUGGGGUUAAAUGCUCUUUUAAUGACAUUUCAGUAUGAAAAUAACAAUUUUUAGAUAGGUUCCUCCAUCUACCUACCUAAUAUGCACUAAAGAAACAUGCUCUGAAGUAUUUGCUUAUUUAUUAGGAUUCCCAUUAGUUUCCACUGAGGUGAUUAUGAAUCUUCCUGGAUUACAACUGAUUAAACACAAAAAUAUGCAUACAACUGUCGUGAAAACUGGCAUAGGGUUGUGAGAUCUUUCCAGGUACACGCAGAAAACAGAGCUUAAAGGCCUGAGAGAAAUAAAGUAAUCUUGCAGUUUGAUUUAAGUAUAAUUAAAGAUACAUAAAUAUAUAUAUGCACAUUUAAACACUGAAUGAUUUUCUGAAAUGUAUUUUUGUAUUUCAAUCUGUAAUGCUUAUAAAGACAUGAUGAUUAUGAUUGCUAAUUAUGUAUGUGAUUUACGAUUAUGGUUGAUAAUUAACAAUGAGAUUUAUAGGAACAUGCUGAUUUAAAAACAUACUUAAAGUUAUGAGGAAUGUAAAUGAUAAAUGAUAGCAUGAUUGUGUUAAUGAUUUAUAAUGAAUUAACAGAAAUGUGUUGAUUUAAAGUAAUGGGUGAGGUCCUGUUCUCAGGCUGUGUCGCAAUAGGCAAGCUGAGCAGAGCGAAGGAGUAGGUGAUUUUUAAGGAAGUCUGCCAGAUGGCCUGAUGAAAAGGGGAAGUUCACAUGAUGUUUAGCGCUGUGAGUCACGCAGGGGCUGAUGGUUGGGAAAGGUUGGGACUUUCCACUGACUCAUCGAACGUUCGAGAAGUCAUGUACACCAUCUCCCCCAUACACAACCAUAGGCUGAGAUAGUAUAAAAGACGGCAGAAAGAGGAACAGACCGUUCUUAGUCCGCGUUGUGAGGACGAGUCAACAAGAGGACGCAGAGGAAACAUCAGCAGAGGACCGUACCCUGGAGCUACGGGGAAGUUGAGACUUCGCGCCGCCAAGAAGGGACAAGAUCCAUCAUCCCCCAGCCCUGGCUCCUGAUUCUACAGCCGACUCUGCCUCAACCCAACGAUCUCAAACCAACCGCAACAGACUUGGAGAAAAGACAAAGAUCCCUGGAGGGAUGAAGAAUUGAAUGUUCGAAGGACAAGGACCAAUUCAACUUUGCUUCUAUUCUAAAGAGGAUUUUACUAC